UUUAGAAUAUGUCCUCUCAAAAGAUCUUUAAGCUUAACACUGGUGCUGAUAUUCCAGCUAUUGGCUUGGGUACAUGGCUUUCUGGAAAAGACGAUAGUGGCUAUACUUCUGUUAAAGAGGCCAUCAAUGUUGGCUAUAGACAUAUUGAUACCGCAUUUAUGUACGGCAAUGAGGAACAAAUUGGCCGUGGAGUACGCGAUGGUUUGAAGGAGAAUGGUUUGGAACGUAAAGAUAUCUUUGUGACCACAAAGUUGCCUCCUACUUACCACCGCCCUGAGAAGGUGGUUGAGGCCUUUAACAGUUCUUUUGCCAGCUUAAACAUCGAGUACAUUGAUCUUUACUUAAUGCACUGGCCUGUCCCUCUCAAUCCCGCGUCGGGUGAGAAAAUUCCACUCCGCCCAGAUGGCUCCCGCGAUUUGGAUGAGACAAUGCUGGGAAAGUUUGAUGUUACUUGGGCUGCAAUGGAGAAGCUUCUGGAUACAGGAAAGGUUAAAGCUAUUGGUGUGUCGAAUUUCUCUAUCCCAAAUCUUGAGCAUCUCUUGAAGACUUCCAAGGUUGUCCCAGCUGUUAACCAAAUCGAACUCCACCCCUUCAACCCACAAAACAAACUCCUUGAAUACUGUUCAUCCAAGGGAAUUCACUGCUCUGCUUACUCUCCUCUUGGUACCAGUAAUGGUAACUUGUGUGAGAACAGCACAAUCACCGAUAUUGCUGCUGCUCACAAGAUAUUGCCUGCCCAAGUCUUGAUUUCAUGGGGAAUCACACGAGGCAGCGUUCUUCCCAAGAGUGUUACACCUUCUCGUAUCAAAGCAAACUUUGAAACUAUCGAACUUUCCAAGGAGGAAAUUGAGCGUAUCAAUACUCUUGGAUCCACUCAUCCUAAGAGAUUUGUUUCCCCCAACUGGGGAGUUCCCGUUUUUGAUGAAGAAUUUGAGCUCGCAUCCAAAAAUUAAUCUACUCUUUUUUUUUUACCUAUAAUAUACUAUAUAAAAGCAAAUUGCUGUUUAAUGCAUAACGAAU